AAUCGCCAACGGGCCACACCCAUUGCGCCGGGAGAUUGACGGCAAGUUCGCUGAGCAAAUUUCAAAGUGGUAAGAAAAUUUCUUCGAGAGUUCCGAGCCAAUCAGCAUGCUGGCAAUAAAGAGUUUUCGUCAGAUUUUCGAUUUGGCGUUAGCGCGCGAACAUUGGGUUUUCUACAACCUUCCUCGAGCCCUACGGUACAUGUCUUGCAGAUGCUUGAUGUUCGUGUGCCGUCCCUUGGGACGCGAAUGUGCGAGUGCUUCAUACAUCAACAACCAAUGCUCCUAUGGUCAACAGUAUCACCCGGCGCAUAACUUCGUGCAUGUCUGGAGCCAUGUCAAGCCGACCAAUCCAACCAUGCACGCAGGGAAUGCCGCACGUAACCUGGAACUGACGACUAAGUCAGACUUGGGCUUCGAUCGAGACCUUGCAGCAUGGCACCGUUCACCAGCCGCUGUACCAGCGAAUGGUGGAGGAACAAGUCCCGGGAGUACCUGAAACGGCGCACGAAUGACAGCGCCAGGAAGACCGGGUACCUGGACCGAGUGGGCCGUAGCAUCAACUUACCACACCCCCCAAAAGAACAAUGUCCGUCUUUGUCAACUCGCUGCCUGCUGUGAUUGAUCAAUCCAUCGGCCACUAUCCCUCGAUAGGGUUUCGCGUGUGAAAAAGCACAUGGUAAGUCCAACCUCCAAGCUCCACCUAGGGCGGCUCAAUAUUUUUCAAUUCU